UUCAUUGCUUAUAGUCUAAUUUGGCUGAUUUAGUUAUUCUGUAAGUACCAAGUUGGCUUCAGAUUUUACAUAUUCAAAAGCCUGCGGAUUUGUUCAACUUCGGCUUCCUUUUCAAGUUUAAGCAAUGCCGCCAAAGGAAAAACCAAAAGAGGACUACUCGCUUAAGGUGACUAAACCCAACAUUGGAAGAGGGAACGCCACAGGCAAUCAUAAGCUCACACUUGUAGAACAACGACACUUUUUGUAUGUUAGAAUUGUUAGAGCCAAGAAUUUGCCGGUGAAUAAUGUCAGUGGCACCUGUGACCCCUUUGUGGAGCUUAGGGUUGGAAAUUUUAAGACAACAACGAGAUAUCUUGACAAAACCUCCAACCCUGAAUGGAACCAAGUGUUUGCUUUCACGAAGGAUCGAAUUCAGGGAAGAACCAUUGAUAUUUUGGUUCGUGAUAAGGAAUUUGUGAAUGAUGAGAUAGUUGGUUGUGUUUCAUUUGAUAUAGCCGACAUUCCCACACGGUCUCCACCAGAUAGUUCAUUGGCACCACAAUGGUACAGAUUAGAGGAUCGCAAUGCGGUGAAGGUGGUAGGCGAGUUGAUGUUGGCUGUUUGGAUUGGAAAUCAAUCCGAUGAUGCAUUUUCUGUUGCUUGGCAUUCUGAUGCUGCUUCUGUUAGUGGUCAAAGUGUUGCAUAUACACUUCGUAAGGAAUAUCUUUCCCCUAGACUUUGGUAUCUUAGGAUCAAUGUGAUUGGAGCACAGGAUUUGGUGCCUAGAGAUAAGAAUAGGAAACCAGAAGUUUAUGUAAGGGCUGUUGUUGGAAACGUAGUUUUGAGGAGUAGAUUUUCACCAGAUAAGAGUAUGAGUCCUAGUUGGAAUGAGGAGUUGAUGUUUGUUGCAGCAGAGCCAUUUGAUGAUCCUCUGAUUAUGAGCGUGCAAGACAAGGAGGAAUGUCUAGGGAAGUGUGUGAUACCUCUGCAGAACGUGGAAAAGACGGUGCUGCUGGCUCCACCAAUGGGAGACAAGUGGUUUAAUCUUGAGAGGUCUGUAGUGGAGAAGGAAGAGAAGAAGGAAGCGAAAUUCGCUACUAGACUUCAUCUGAAGGUCUUUUUGGAUGGCAGGUAUCAUGUUUUUGAUGAACCCACAUACUAUUGUAGUGAUCUCAGGGCAACAUCACCUGAGUUAUGGCCGAACAAAAUUGGGAUUUUGGAGUUGGGAAUUUUGAAAGCUGAAGGCUUGCUUCCCAUCAAGUCCAAGGAUGGCCGUGGAACCACUGAUGCUUACUGUGUAGCCAAAUACGGUCAGAAGUGGGUCCGGACAACUACUGUUGUCGACUGCUUAGCUCCAAAAUGGAAUGAACAGUAUUGUUGGGAUGUUUAUGAUCCGUACACAGUCAUCACAGUUGGAGUUUUUGACAACUCACAUUUACAAGUAGUAGACGAGAAGGGAGGGGCGAAAGAUCCAAGAAUUGGUAAGGUAAGGAUUCGGCUGUCUACCCUAGAGACGGGCAGGAUUUACACGCAUUCUUACCCGCUUAUCGUCCUGCAACCAAAUGGGUUAAAGAAAAUGGGAGAACUUCAUUUGGCUGUCAAGUUCAGCUGUGCCUCUUUGGUCAAUUUGUUAGGUACUUAUACAAAGCCUUUGCUUCCCAUAAUGCAUUACACUAGCCCAUUCUCCGUGUACCAGCUCGACAGUUUAAGGCACCAAGCCAUCCAUCUUCUGUGUUUAAGGCUAGGCCGUGCAGAUCCACCUUUGAGGAAGGAGGUCGUUGAGUAUAUGCUCGAUACAGGUGCGAACAUGUGGAGCCUGAGAAGAGGAAAAGCCAACUGUGAAAGAGUGAUGGCUUGCUUGAGUGGUACAGUUAGACUCUGGAAAUGGUUUGAUGAGAUUUGCCAAUGGAAAAAUCCGACGGUAACAAUACUGAGUCAGACGAUUUUCAUAGGCAUGGCGAUUUUCCCUCGACUCAUACUACCUACAUUGUUUAUGGUAGUGUUCAUGGUCGGAAUGUUGAGCUACCCGAAACGGCCAAGGCAUCCUCCUCACAUGGAUACAAGGCUAUCUCAUGCGGAAACCGCAAGUUCCGAUGAAUUGGAGGAAGAGUUUGACACGUAUCCAUCGUCGAAGCAAGGUGAAGUAAUGAAGAAGAGGUAUGACAGGCUGAGAAGCAUAGGAGGGAGGUUAGUGACAAUGAUAGGUGACUUGGCAACCCAAUUGGAGAGGAUGCAUUCUCUGCUGAGCUGGAGGGAUCCGAGAGCCACAUGUAUGUUGAUGAUGUUGUGUGUGAUUGGUGGGUGCAUGGCGUAUUUGGUCCCGUUCAAAUACGUGGCUGUGCUUAUCGGAAUAUAUGUAAUGAGGCCCCCAAGGAUGCGUGUCAGUGUGCCUGCCUUAUGCCAAAACUUCCUGAGGAGGUUGCCUGCUAAAACAGAUAUCAUUCUGUAAUGGAGAUAUAUAUAAUGCAUGGUAAAAGUAUUGUAUUGCUUUCAAGCAUCAGAUCACUAGUUAAGAAAUUCAUUUUUACAUCUAUAUUAGUUAAAUUGAUGCUGUUUUUGCUUUUUUGGUCGGUUUGGUUGAACCUCUAUGGAAUUACAUACUUGAACCUAGUUCAGUUCAAGAGAAACUGUCAAAAAUUGAUAAAUUAGUUCAGUUCGAUUUUAA